AACAAAGGAGGAGGAAUUCAUCGAUGAUACCCCUGUUGGUGAAAAGAAGGAUAUGUCCAAACCUAUGGCUUCAUCUUAUAAUCCUAAAGCUGUUGAGUCCGCUUGGUACGCAUGGUGGGAAAAACAAGGCUUUUUCAAACCAGAAUUUGCCGCGGAUGGUAAACCAAAGUCAGAAGGACUAUUCGUGAUUCCUGCUCCUCCACCAAAUGUAACAGGCUCCCUUCAUAUUGGUCAUGGCUUAACUGUUGCUAUUCAAGAUACUUUGAUAAGAUGGAACAGAAUGUUGGGCAAAACUGUAUUAUUUAACCCUGGUAUAGAUCAUGCUGGAAUUUCAACCCAAUCAGUUGUAGAAAAGAAACUUUGGUCAGAAAAUCAACAAACUCGCCAUGAUUUGGGUCGCGAAAAAUUCAUUGAAGAAGUUUGGAAAUGGAAAAAUUUGUACGGUGACAGAAUUCAUAAUCAAUUGAAACGUUUAGGUGGUUCAUAUGAUUGGGACCGCUCUGUUUUUACUAUGGACAAAAAAUUAUCCAAUGCUGUUACGGAAACUUUUUGUCGUUUACAAGAAGAAGGAAUAAUUUAUAGGGCAACUCGAUUGAUUAAUUGGUGUGUUAGAUUAAACACCGCUUUAUCAAAUCUUGAAGUUGAGAAUAAGGAAUUAACAGGACGUACACUCGUAACAGUACCUGGAUAUGAUGAAAAAGUAGAAUUUGGUGUUCUGACAUCAUUUGGAUACCCAAUUGAAAAUUCUGACGAAAAAAUAAUUGUUGCCACAACUCGACCGGAAACGAUGUUGGGUGAUACUGCGGUAGCUAUUCAUCCUCAAGACGAACGAUACAAGCAUCUUCAUGGAAAAUUUGUAAUCCAUCCCUUUAAUGGCCGUAGGAUACCCAUCGUUCUUGAUGAUAUUGCUGUAGAUAUGUCCUUUGGAACGGGUGCAGUAAAAAUAACUCCUGCACAUGACUUUAAUGAUUAUGAAGUUGGGAAAAGACAUAAUCUAGAGUUUAUCAAUAUUUUUAAUGAUGACGGCACCCUUAACGAAAAUGCUAGCCAAUUUCAAGGCAUGAAACGAUUUCAUGCUCGUAACUCCGUUGUAGAUGCCCUUAAAGAGAAAGGCUUAUUUAUUGGAACACAAGAAAAUCCUAUGACUAUUCCUCUUUGCGCUAAAUCUGGAGAUGUAAUAGAGCCCAUUUUGAAACCUCAAUGGUGGGUUAGUUGUACGGAUAUGGCACGCGAGGCGAUGAAGGUUGUUACAGAUGAAAAACUUCGUAUUUACCCAAAAACUUCUGAAAAAGAUUGGUUCAGAUGGCUUGGAUCUAUUCAAGAUUGGUGUAUAUCUCGUCAACUUUGGUGGGGACAUAGAGUCCCUGCUUAUUUCAUUAAGAUAACAAACAAAAUUCAGGACUCAUCAGAUGGUACAUAUUGGGUAUCUGGUCAUAAUAUUGAUGAGGCAAAUGAAAAAGCCAAGAAAAAAUUUCCAAACGUUGAAUUUACUUUGGAACAAGAUCCAGAUGUUUUAGAUACGUGGUUUUCAUCAGGACUGUGGCCGUUUUCGAUCUUUGGUUGGCCUGAAAUGACUGAUGACUUAGCUAGUUUCUAUCCGACAUCACUAUUAGAAACUGGUUGGGACAUUUUAUUUUUCUGGGUAGCUCGAAUGGUUAUGUUAGGAAUUAAGCUUACUGGGCAAGCCCCGUUUAGUGAAGUUUUUUGUCAUGCAAUGAUUCGUGAUGCGCAUGGGCGUAAAAUGAGUAAAUCCUUGGGUAAUGUAAUAGAUCCAGUAGAUGUGAUUCAAGGUAUAUCCUUGGAAAGUUUACAUGCCAAACUAUAUGAGGGAAACCUCGAUAAGCGUGAAAUUGAAAAGGCUAAGGCUGGUCAGAAAGCGGACUAUCCAAAUGGUAUUCCUGAAUGCGGUACAGACGCUUUACGGUUUGCAUUGUGCGCCUACACUUCAACCGGUCGGGAUAUUAAUCUCGAUAUUCUCCGUGUGGAAGGAUAUCGUAAAUUCUGUAACAAAUUAUGGAAUGCUACUCGAUUUGCUUUGAUGAAGUUGGGAACUGACUUUAAACCAAGGCCCGACGCAAAUGUAACUGGAAAAGAAUCACUUGCUGAGCUUUGGACGUUACAUAAACUUAACCAAUCUAUUAUAGACACAAACAAAGCUCUUCAUGAAAGAAAUUUUAUGAAUGCUACAACAGCUGAACUGAUAAAACCACUGACAGCAGAUGAUUCAAUAUCAUCAAAUGCCGAAUGUAAACGUUCCGCUGAAGAUACAUUAUACACUUGUUUGGAGGCUGGUCUCAAAUUGCUUCAUCCAUUUAUGCCUUUUGUAACAGAAGAAUUAUAUCAACGAUUACCUCGACGUCCGGGUGAUGAUAAUCCAACAAUCGUCAAAGCAAAAUAUCCGCUUGAGAUACCAGAAUAUCACAAUCCACACGCUGAAGAACAAUUUGAUCUUGUAUUUUCUGUUGUCAAAGCUGCUCGAUCCCUUAUUGUUGAAUAUAAUAUUCAAUCAAACGCAUCGCUCGCUUCCGAUUCACUCAUAACAUUGUUUACUGCCCAAGAGCAAAGCAUUGUCACUUUGACUAAAGGAGCAAAAUCUGUCCAUGUUUUUCAACAUGGUGAAACUAUUCCUGCUGGUUGUGCUUUAAGCACAGUCACUGAUGAAAUAAAUGUAUUGCUUAUGAUUAAGGGAUUCGUAAAUAUCGACGCGGAGGUUACAAAAUUCCAAAGUAAACUUAAUAAAACAACUCAAGUAUUAACAACGCUACAGAAAAAAAUACAAAUCCCAGAUUACGAGUCUAAAGUCCCAAUAGAUGUCCGUGAUGCUAAUGAAGCCAAGGCAAGAGCAGUUAAUGAUUUGUCAACAUCUUAUACCGGUUUAAUUAAUGAGGCAUUUUUUUUUAUAGCUCAAGGCCUACCAAGCUGA